AUGAAUAAAUUUUAUAUACAAAUUGUUUUAUUUCUUUUAAGCAUCUUCGUACAUGUGAAUAAUAAAACCCUUGCGGCUGAGGCUGAUCCAGGAGAAGAUCCAACGCCCGGAUCAACACAUAACUAUCUUACUCCAGAAGAAGUAUAUGAAAAAAACAAGCACCUAUUAUGUACCAAUCCCGAAGAAAUUAUAAAUGCUGACCAAUUUAUGAAAGCAGCUGUAAAACAUUUAGUACAUCAUGCAAAAAGUAAUGAUGAUUAUAUAUCUUGUAAAACAAAUCCUAAUCAUCAUAUAGAUUUAUAUAAAAAAAAACAUAAAGGACAUACACUUAUUGAAAAAGUUAAAUAUACAAUUGAUUAUCCGGAUAAGUAUAAUGAAAUAAUAAACAUGUAUUGGGAUCCCGAUUAUCCCAGAUUGAUAAAUAGUGGCUCUGUUAAAAUUACCCGUGUAUACAAUCCAAAUUUAGUAAUGAUACAACACCGUUACAAAAAAAAAUUAGGACGCCGCCAGAAAUAUUUUUAUGCUUUAGCUACAAAGGUUGAAAUAUCAGAAGACAAAACUAUAAUUGCCAUUUCUUCAGCAAAUAUAAAUGAUCACAACCCUUCCGAUAAAAAAUAUAAAAACACAAUCGUAAAAGAAGCAAAUUUAUUCAAAACUGAAAUUGAUUCUGAAGAUGAUAUUAGAGAAGGAAAAUUAAAAAAAGUGUUUGUUAACAUAAAUGGAUACCUCUUUAAAAAACGCAGCAAAUGUGUUGAUAUCACAUAUAUCGAAUCUAUUGAUGGACAUAAUUCCAUUUGUCAAGAUUGGAUUAUUGGACAAAUUUUUAAUUAUUUUUACCUUGAUAUAUAA